AUGAUAGUUACCGAUGGAUAUGACUUACCAAAAUCCCCUCCCCCACUGCUUUGGCAGUUUCCGGUAGAGUUGUGUCGAGGAUCUAAAAAUAGUGGGGCCUGCCCGAGGCGCUCUCUGGAGAUAGCCUUCCUCAGUCGGUACUCUGCCGCUUUCUCGACAGCAUCUCUUUCUUAUCUCUUUGUCAGUGCUUCGGUGAGGCUAUCCUGUGGUUCAAAAACAUCUUAA